AUGAUGAAGCAAUCGUCACCAUCAACGGCAACGACUCCAACAGCUUCAGUUCAUCACCAAUUACAAAAAAAGACAAAACCUAACGAGGACAAUGAUGAUGACGAAUCUCUAAACGACAACGAUGACACGAACGAUAGUACGUAUCCAUAUGUAACUUCAUCGAACUGUAGUAUCGGCGGUGCAUGUACAGGCCUUGGUUUACCACCAAAAUACAUUGGAGAUAUAUAUGGUGUUGUGAAAGCUUAUACAACACGUGUUGGUGAUGGUGUAUUUCCAACCGAGCUAAAAAAUGAAAUAGGUGAACAUUUGCAAACACGUGGUCGUGAAUGGGGUGUUACAACUGGCCGAAAACGUCGUUGUGGUUGGCUUGAUCUUGUUUUACUUAAAUAUACAAAUAUGAUAAAUGGUUUUACUGCUUUAUGUUUAACUAAACUUGAUACACUGGACGAAUUAACAGAGAUCAAAGUUGCAACAACAUACAAACGAAAUGGAGUUGACUUACCGAAUUUUCCUGCAUCAGUUGAUACGAUGCAUGAUAUUGAAGUUGAAUAUGUAACUUUUCCCGGUUGGCGUGGCCGUUCAACGUCCGAAUGUCGAACAUUUAAUUCACUACCACAUAAUGCUAGACUUUAUAUACAAUUUAUUGAACAAUAUCUUGGCGUUCCUGUGAAAUGGAUUGGCGUUGGAAAGGAUCGUAUGGCGAUGAUCCGCGUCUUUUGA